CUGUUGAAAGCUGUGCAUAUCAACAUGAAAUACUUGCGUAUCGCUGUUUUGUUAAUCUGGUUAGCACAAGUUUGUGCAUUUGCGGAUAAGAUCCCGACUUUUGAAGGCGUUUGCCAGCUCGAGGGCGAUUGGUGCACAACUAGGUGUCAAAUAGCAGGCGGACGUGAUGGCAUUUGCAAUAAAGUGCAUCUCUGCACUUGCAGGCCUCUAUAAUAUCAGAAUAUCAAAGCAAAUCUUAAAUGUACCAUUAAAUGUAAAAUAAAGUAAUGUGCGGAAAUCACAA